AAGGUGGAAAACCCACAGCGAAUAGAAGAAUUCAGACCCAUCUCUCUUAUUGGGAUCAUGUAUAAGAUCAUCGCGAAGUUAUUAGCAAAUCAACUCCGAAAAGUGCUGGAUAGAAUUAUUGGGGAGCAGCAGAUGGCGUUCAUACAUUGUAGACAACUUGUGGAUGGCGCAGUAAUUGCAAGUGAGGUGAUUGAAGAGGCAAGGAGAAGGAAAAGGAAAAGCUUCGUGUUCAAAAUAGACUUUGAAAAGGCAUACGAUAAAGUAUGUUGGGAAUUCUUAGACUACAUGAUGCUGAGGAUGGGAUUCAAUGAUACAUGGAGGAAAUGGAUACAGGAGUGUCUUCAAUCAAGCAUGAUUUCAAUUCUUAUCAAUGGAAGCCCAACAAAGCAGUUCCCUGUCAGCAAAGGAUUAAGACAAGGUGAUCUGCUAUCCCCUUUUUUAUUUUUGAUUGUGGUGGAAGGGUUGAAUGGAUUAGUGUCAUCCGCAAUUGAGAAGGAAAUGUACAAGGGGGUGUUGAUUGGUGACGGUGAGGUGACGGUCACCCAUUUACAAUUUGCGGACGAUACAAUUUUUUUUGGGGAGGCAUCAGAAGACAAUAUAGGAGUGAUCAAAUGUAUCAUGAGGACUUUUGAGUUGGCCUCGGGUCUGAAAAUUAAUUAUGGGAAGAGUCAGAUAGUGGGGGUUGAAGCAGAGGAAGGAUGGAUUGAGAAAAUGGCGUAUAAGCUGUGUUGCAAGGUGGGAGAGUUCCCAAUGAAAUACCUGGGAAUUCCAAUUGGUGGGAACCAUAGAAAAUUAGCAAUGUGGCAGCCUUUGGUGGAUUCUUUCAAAAGGAAAUUAGCUAGCUGGAAAGGUCGGCAUCUCUCGCUUGCAGGUCGGGUCACGCUCAUUAACUCUGUGUUGUCUAGCUUGCUUGUGUUCCUGAUGUCAGUCUACCUUAUUCCAAAAGGUAUUCUCAAAUCUAUUGAUAAAAUUCAUAGAAGUUUCUUAUGGGGAAGGGAGGGAGUUGAGAAAAAAAUUAAUUGGGGAAAGUGGUGGGGGAGAUUAGCGACAAAUGGAGAAGGCUUAUGGAAGAAAGUUGUUGUUGGGAAAUAUGGGGGGGGAGGAGGACAUUGGCUUGAUCGGGUAAGAGAUGGGAGAAGGGUAGGUUCGAUAUGGUGGAGAGAUGUUCGGGCCCUUAAUAUGGGGGACGGGUUGAAUGUAGGGUGGUUGUCGAAGGGUUUUAGGAUUAAGGUAGGAGAAGGGAAAAGGGUAAGCUUCUGGUGGGAUGAGUGGUGCGGGGAAGGUUGCCUUGCUAAUAAGUUCCCUAGAUUGUAUUUAUUUUCAACAGGUAAAGAGAAGGAAUGCUAUCAAAUGGGUAACAAUCAAAGCGACACAUGGAAAUGGAACCUAUCAUGGAGAAGAAACCUAUUUCAAUGGGAAGAGGAGGAGGCAAAGGAACUCUACAAGAUGAUAGGGGAGGUGAAGAUCUACCCAAGAAGUCCAGAUGAAUAGGAAUGGAGGCAUAGUAAAGAUGGCCUAUACUC